CUUUUAGUUCUUUGCCAGAACGACACUCGUUUUAUGAGCUACAAAAGAUUAAGACAAAAGUUAUUAAGUAAUUACAAUAAAAAUAUAAGACCUGUUCAAUCUGGUGGAAACAUGACAGUAAUCAAUAUUACUCUGGCCGUUCUCCAUAGUUUCGAUUUAAUCGAAGAGAACGAAACUCUUGUUUUAGAUGGAUUUAUUCGAUUGAAAUGGUUAGAUUCUCGGUGGAAAUGGAAUCCAAGCGAGUUUGGAGGAAUCGAUUUCUUUUCUAUGGGAGUAGAUGAAGUUUGGUUACCGGACAUUUCUGUAUACGAAAGUAUUCCGGCCGAGAAGGUAAGAAGUUUAUUGAUGACAAGACCCAUGCUCUAUCCAUCUGGAAAAGUAACCUGGUCACCUAGAGUCAUUUAUCAAUCUCAUUGUCCAUUGACAUUCGAUAAUUAUCCAGAUACCAUUCAAGUGUGCAACAUCACUUUUGGUUCUUGGACUCAGGACGGAAUCAGUGUCGAUUUAAAGAUAGAAUAUCCUUACAUAUAUACUAAUGUAAUGGCAAAAAAUCACAAAUGGCGCUUUUUAAACUAUUCGUCCUCCAGAUUAAUCAAGUACAGAAACAUGAUGCCCAAUCCCUUUGUAAACGUCGUGUACUCUCUACAGUUUCAAAGGUUACCGUCGGGAUUUCAAAAGAUCGUGAAACCUUCCAUAAUUGUUGCCAUGGUGUCGAUGUUGCUCAUGUUCUGGUUGCCCCCGUCGGCAGAUAAGAAAUUAACUUUAGGGACGGUUUCUUUAUUUAUAUUAAUGAUUCUCCUGCUUUAUGUUUCUGCAUUGAAAAUGCCACCUUUGGCUUUCAACUUUUAUGUUUCUCCAGUCCGCUCUGUUAUCUACAUCGUUGUGUCGGCCAUUCUCUCGGAAAUCCUCGUACUGAUAGUCACGAAAUUAACCAUUCGACCACCAGAAAUAAUCACCAAUCUUCUACGCGGAUCUUUAUCCAAAAUAUUAUUUUUGUAUUCGGAAGAGACGAAUCUCGUGCACAUGUGGAUGGACGACAAACUGAAAUGGAAUCCAGAGGAUUAUGGAGACAUCAUGUGGACUCAUUUGGGACCGGACGAAGCGUGGAAUCCGAAUAUUGUCGUUGUAAAUUGGUAUAAAGAUUUAUUUAGUUAA